CAGGGGAGUUCAUCUACAGACAUACGACACUUCUACGACCAACCUUUGGCACUGACACAAGGACCUACUGUAUGUCGAUCGAUACUGCGUCACUUGGCAGGAAAUGACACGUCGACGUCACCUACGCCUGUCAGUCAUCUCAAGGCUGGGCCUGGCCCUUGGCGGUCUUUGUGAAGGAAGCUCACACUAGCUCACAUCGCAAUCUCACUGUUGACGUGGCAUCUGUGCACGGACGUGAGUUCUUGUAUGCUCGUCUGCCGUAGAUGCGCUGGCUUCAAAGCCACCAGACACAGUCAGCCACCUUGUCUCAGUGGAUAAUACUCCCGGCAACGCUCGGCGACGAUGAUGCAAUCAAGUUCAACGCACAGGAUUUGGGCCGAUAUGGGCUACAUGUCGCCCGAAGCCUGCCAGGACAAUGCUGGAGAAUGCACAGAAGCCACGAACACCUCGAGACGUGAGCGCUUCCGCUACGUCGAUGACACUAUGGUUCAAUGAUCCUCGGUAGAGAGUUCGACGCUCGGGUGUGCACCCAUGUGCUGUCUACUGUAACGGCACGACUUCCGGGCUGUGUGUCGCGAAACGGUGCCAAUCCAAGACAUACCAUACGAACUUCUACGUGUAAAUUGCGCAGCACCCACCCAGCGCUCAACAUCAAGCCGGACGUGUAUAAAGGCAGGUGGAAGAAACGUCUAGGCUCCCCAGGUCCAGCACCAUCUUUCACAUUCUUUCUUCGGCUUCGGCUCUUCGUCUUCGGUCUUUUAUUUACUUCAAUCCGAUCAACGUUCAUUCUUCGAUAGCACUCGCGCAUCUAGUCGCCAUGGUCGCCUUCACUUCUGCCCUUACCGCUCUUUGUGCUGCUGCACUUUCUGUCACUGGCGCCAUUGCCGCCCCUCUUACGCAGAGCCUCUCCACGCGUGCCACUCCGGCUGCACCCCACUUUGUCGCAUAUAGCGACAAGUGGAUCUCUGGUGAGACCGGCCCCCCGGCUACCUCUGCCCUAACCGGCUACAACGUCUUCGCCCUCUCCUUCUGGCGUCCCGCUGCCGCCGUCGACCAGGCUCUUGAGUGGGCGACCAUCGACGCCGCGACGCGCAACUCGACCUUGUCGGCUUACAAAACCGCCGGCAUCAGCCUCGUCGUGUCUGCCUUUGGCGCCGACUUCAACCCGACCAGCGGCUCUCCCGCGCUCGACCCGACCCAGACCGCCGACCAGCUCGCGGCGUGGGUCAUCCAGUACGGCCUCAACGGUGUUGAUAUCGACUACGAGGACUUCGAUGCGAUGAACAAGAUGGAUGGCUCUGCGGAGCAGUGGCUCAUCACGUUCACGACGGAGCUCAGGAGCAAGUUGCCUGCUGCGGACUACAUCAUCUCCCAUGCUCCCGUCGGCCCCUGGUUCUCGACCAAGUACACCUCGGGCGGUUACCUCAAGGUUGACAAGCAGGUCGGCUCCAUGAUCGACUGGUACAACGUCCAGUUCUACAACCAGGGCACCACCGAAUACUCCACCUGCGACGGCCUCCUCACCACCUCCUCCACCACCUACCCCAACUCGGCCCUCUUCCAGAUCGUCGCGUCCGGCGUCGCCGCCGACAAGCUCGUGAUCGGCAAGCCCGGCACGACCGGCGACGAGACCAACGGCGGCUACAUGAGCGCGUCCGACCUCGCGUCGUGCCUCCAGCAGGCCACCGCCAAGAAGUGGAACGCCGGUGUUAUGGUCUGGGAGUACCCCGACGCCGCCGCCGACUGGAUCAAGUCCGUCCGCGCGCUCGCGUUCCCUGAGUAAAUGUGAACCGCUCCAACGCCGUUGCCGUAUUGCUGGGGCACGAAGGAUUCUUCCUUCUUAUGAUAUUGUUGUAGACAUGUACUAGGAUUGCGGGUUUGUGGGGAGCCUUGAUGGUUGCCCUACCGUCUGCUGUAUUUCUUGGGGUCGUUUGACUGACCACUCGCUCUUUUCUGGGUUGCUAAUAUUAUCCUAUUUAUUGCGCGC